AUGCCCUCUGGGUCCUUGGAAUACCUGGGAUACGAGCAGUAUUUCCCUAUGGAACCAGAAGGCCAGUCUGCGGUUUCUCCGCAGCAAGGGAGCGAGGGGACAAGCAGCUUACAUCCCACGAUGGACACCACUUCCCAGACCCAGUCGGCCAUGCAUUCAACGUCUCAAGAGGCGAUGCGGACGGAAAUGAUUCACCUGCAAAAAUUGGCUACUCAACAGCGAAUAAUGGACAAUACUAUGCCAGAAGUCCCCCAGCCUCGGCCCUCUGGUGCCACUGCAAUAUGCCCCUCUUUGUCAUAUCUGCUUACGAGAGACGCGGAUACGAUGGUCUACAUUGAUCCUGUUGUACCCCGGUCGCAGUUGGAAUUUCCACCAACCUCGGUCCCCCAUCGUGUGCAUAGCGAGAAACUCUUGGAGACUGGCUCGCCGUUUUUCACCAAGCUUUUCCAGCCCAGAAACCAGUCUCGUACUACCAAGCGACGUGGGCUGACGGGACCGUUCUACAACGGAAUCAAAUAUGUCUUGGAUUUGACUCCCCCUUCAGUGGAGGAUGAUGCUGUCAUAUUCAUUACGGAGUUAUCAUGCCCUUUGGGUGUGAGGACGUGGGAUUUGACCAAGAAACAAUGGGGACUCUCUUUACCUUGUAUUGGAGGCGAGGAUGAGAUGGAGGAACAGCCGGGGUAUGGCAGCGGUGAUAUGGAGAGAGAGGCUCUUCCCGUUGAGUACUCGGCUCACCGUCAUCGUGUCGGCAUUGUGCAGGUACUGCGUGCUUUGGAAGGCUUCCCCGCCCAACUGGAUACUCCGUGUAAGAUGUGGACCUUCUUUGCACUCGCCUGGCUUUUUGAUGUCGCUACAGUGCCUAGAAUAGGCGGUCACAUGUUGUCCUGGCUCUCUGAAACGGAUAAUGCUUGGUUUGGAGAAAUCAACCCAGAAGUUACUUAUCGAAUUGCAUGUGCGAUCCAGUGCAACACACUAUGCCGAGAUAUAUUUGCAAUCCUAGUUGGUGAAGAAGCGUUGCUUCUCCUGGCCAACUCUAAUAAGCCAGCUAGCGUGAAGAGACCUUCGAUCACUUUUCAUGGUCGAGUCCGUGAAUCAUUGAAUGAUACCGAAGUCCAGCGCAUUGAAUAUGCAGGACGAAGCUUCGCGGAUUAUGUCGUGGGUCGUUUUGUCUAUCUCGCAGGAACCGACACGCCGUGGCUAGAUAAAUUGAGCGAGUACAAGAAGCUUCUCGCGGUGUCAAAUCUCUCCAGCGAACGUCUCAAAUCCUGCAUCAAAGAUUUCAUUCGAGGGUUUCUCUACUCUGCACUGCAGAGAGGGAAGUCAACAUGGCUGCAUGAAUCCUACCGCACAAGAUGCGACCAGGGUUACCCCUCGGGCCACUAUAUGCAUGCUUAUUGGCAAAUGAAAUAUGCUGAACGGCUGAUGUCCAGAACAUUUUGGAAAGAGCUUCAGACGGAGCGUUUUGGCCAGCAUGAGCCUCUCUGCUUCUCGAAUGAUGGUCCUUCUGCUAUUUCCGAACUUGCCGAUUACCUGCCGGCUUUUAAGGCGCAAAAAGACGCAGCAAUUCGGUUGGUGAAGCGACCAGAGCUCGAGGUGAAAGUGUGCAUGUUCAAUAAUAGUCUUCCAGAGCCACAGCCACCAUCCAUGUCCUCGAAUGUUCCUUCUCAAGGAUUUGAGCACCAGUUACCCUUGAGGCCUAAAUUUAACCAAUCUCAGAAUAUUGGGACAGUUGAAGCAUUGGGCAGUCAUGUUGCGACAGCAAAUGAAGCCGGCACUUCAACGGAUAACCUUGAAUAUGGAAAUUAUUCGACGAGCAAUGAGACCAACAACAGUAACCAAGUCGAAACGAUGACCAUUGUUGAAGCGCUGAAGGAUUUCUCAGAUGGCCAUGCAGCUAAAAACAUCGAGAACAAUGACCCAAUCAUCCCAGAUACGUUCCCCGUGAAAGUAGAAGACGUAUUAGAAGACCCGGUCCAGCAGCAGACGAGCUUGAGUACACCUGCACGAUUCGCGAGCGAUAUUGACUUCAAUGACGGCAAAUUUAUUCUGCUGGAAUUCCUUGCACAGGCCCGAGGAUAUGUCUACAGCUAUGCGGAAAAGAUGCUGAAGCCUCCUCCAGGCAGUGACAUGCGCUACAAUCUGACAGACACUAUCACUUGCCUCAGAGACCAUGAGUACAGGUUUCUUCCGCUGUGGGCAGACGGUGAUGACGACGGUACUGGUGGAGUCUUCAUGGAUCAUGAAAUCCCCAUUGUGGAAAAUGGUGGGUUUUCUGCACCGGGACCUGCUAUCCAUACAGGCAGCUGUGCUUCUUCUGUGGGCUCUUUCUCCGUGCUCGAUUCGAGUGAAUAUGAUAGCACUGUCCAAGGGGCUUCACGCAGGGCCACAGAAAGCCAUGCAACCGAUGUAGUUUCACUGGACGUACCGACAAAUUCUGGCCAAAAUAACGUCGAGUACAUGUCAGAAUGGCAACUGGAGGAUGGCAAUGCCAAUGACGAUGCAAGCGACGGUAGCGCCACCAUUGUCAAAGGCUCUCCCACCCUAACCGAUUUCUUAAAUGCGAAUGAUGAUCUAGAUAUGGAUGAUGAAAGCGACACUUCGUUUGAGCAUAUUUAA